AUGAGUUGCUUUCCAUGUUUUUGGUAUCGUGGGAAAGCAACGAGAAGAACAAAGAGUGAUCGAAGGGAACUGUCUGUUUCGUUGCAUUCUCGUAGUCUUAAACAACAACAUCAUCAUCAUCAUGCUCCUCUUCCUCCGCCUCCUCCACGCUCUACGCCUGCAGAAAAUCCAAAAGGAAACCAGGUGCAAAAGGAAGCAGAGAAAGAUAUUGAGAUUGGGGAAAAGAAUAACAUUCAAGCACAAACCUUUACAUUUAGAGAGCUCGCCACGGCCACAAAGAAUUUCCGUCGAGAAUGUCUCAUCGGCGAGGGAGGGUUCGGGAGAGUUUACAAAGGCAAACUCGAUAAAACUAACCUGGUUAUAGCAGUGAAGCAGCUAGAUAGAAAUGGAAUGCAAGGGAACAAAGAGUUUCUUGUGGAGGUUUUGAUGCUAAGCCUUUUGCACCAUCAAAACCUUGUCAAUCUCAUUGGCUAUUGUGCAGAUGGUGAUCAAAGACUCUUAGUCUAUGAGUACAUGCCUUUGGGAUCCCUCGAAGAUCAUCUUCUUGACGUUCCAGCUGAUACAAAGGCAUUGGAUUGGGCAACAAGGUUGAAAGUAGCGUUGGGAGCAGCAAAAGGAUUAGAAUACUUGCACGACAAAGCCAACCCACCAGUGAUAUACAGAGAUUUGAAGGCAUCAAACAUUCUAUUAGACAAUGAUUUCAAUGCAAAGCUGUCUGAUUUUGGUCUCGCAAAGCUCGGGCCUGUCGGGGACAACUCCCAUGUUUCCUCCAGAAUUAUGGGAACCUACGGAUAUUGUGCUCCCGAGUAUCAAAAAACCGGCCAGCUCACGCUCAAAUCCGACGUCUACAGCUUUGGCGUCGUCUUGUUGGAGCUCAUCACCGGGCAGAGAGUCAUUGACAACGCUCGUCCAGUUAAACAGCAAAAUUUGGUCGCUUGGGCAUACCCAAUAUUCAAGGAACCAGCGAGAUUCAAGGAGCUGGCCGAUCCUCUUCUCGGGGGAGAUUUCCCAGUGAGGGCUUUGAACCAAGCAGUCGCGGUAGCCGCCAUGUGCCUGCACGAGGAGGCAGCGGCACGCCCGUUGAUCAGCGACGUCGUGACGGCUCUCAGCUUCUUGGGCGCAGAAGCCACGCAAUCAUCGCCAUCGUCGUAUGGCGAUGUCCCCUCACCACUUAAUGAUCACAGUCCAAUCAACCCAUCCAAACCCAAACCCAAACCCAGAGACUAUCUUCACGACGACAACGAAACGGCCGAGGCGCGCCAACGAGCGGUGGCCGAAGCCAUCGAAUGGGGCUCCUCCUCCAGGCAAAACGCCGCCGCUUCGCGCCCCCAAAGUUGUUCUUCCUUGUGA